AUGAAGACCUUGAUUUUGAUUAGUACAGUUCUAGCCACGGCAUGGGCUGACCUACCACGCUAUGGGGGUUUUGGAGGAGGAGGAUCAAGCUCUGGUUUUGGGGGAGGUUCAAGCUCUAGUUUUGGAAGUGGAGGUUCAGGCUUUGGAAGCGGACAUGAUUGGAGGAGGAGGUUUCGGCUCAGGAGGAUGCGGUCCCGGACAGGUGUUCCACGCUGGUAGAUGUGUUACUCCACGCGAGAACCGCAAAGUCUACUUGUACAACGCACCACCUGCACCACCAGUUCCCCACGGUCCUCCACCAUACAUCCCUGAGCCAACCAUUGAUACGAAUAUCGUGUUCAUCCAAACACCCGAAGAAGGUCCAGGACCAGAACCUAUCGUCAUACCUCCACCACAGACGCGAAGCGUUGUGUAUGUUCUUAACAAGCAGACACCAGAGCAACAGGAUGUGAUCGAAGUCCCAGUACCACCAGCAACCAGUCCUGAAGUUUACUUCGUGAACUACGCUGACGGCGAGAACCCAGUUCUUCCAAGUGGCGUUGAUCUUCAGACUGCCUUGAAUGCAGCUUCCCAAGGAGGCGGUCAAGUGAUUGGAGGAGGCGCCGGCGGCAGCGGUGGCGGCUUCGGCGGCAGUGGAGGAAGCGGUGGUUUUGUAAACAGCGGAGGCGUUGGUGGUGGUUUUGGAGGCAGUGGAGGAAGCGGUGGAUUUGGAAGCAGUGGAAGUGGUGGAUUUGGAGGCAGUGUUAUCAGUGGAGGAUUCGGAGGCGAUGGGGAUAGUGGGGAAAUCGUCGUCAGUGGAGGUGGCGGUGGUUUCAGCAGUGGAGGUACCCUUUCGAGUCGUUACUCUACACCAUAAUGACGAUGCCUAGUUGAGAUUUUGUAAAUAUUCUUAAAAGUAAAUGUUUUUAACCAUUCAUUUUGUUA